AUGUUCAAGAACAAGCCCAGAUUAUACGUAGUUUGUUUCUUUCGUGCCCCGAAGGCGACCGGAAAUCCAGAUCGAUAUCACUGGGCUCUUGCCAGCGGCCGGAAAGGCGAUAUGACAAACGGCAAGCUUCUCUACCACGUGCGCACCACCAUAUCCGCAGACGGAGUACGAUGGCAACUUGAAGAGCCUCCUCGCAAGCUCUCACCAUCGAAUUCGACAGAUUUGCUCACAUACACGGCCGUCGCCAAGAUCAUCGACCUAGGACGACUGGAGCAGAUAUGCGGAGCCAUCCCCAUCGAGAUAGACGCACCCUGGGAGGUCUUCAAUUGUCAAACAUGGGUUGAACGAGCUCUUGCUGCAAUCGUAGCAGACGGCGCUUGCAUAGGCACAAAUGCUAUUCCAUCAGAAUGGACCACGCUCCGCGACCAAUGCAUUUCCUUCUCAGAUCCAGUCCGUCAACUUUUCAUCCAAGGAAAGAAUAUUCCGCAGCCCAGACCGACCCAGCAACUUAUAGGUUCAUAG